CUCUUCUCUCUUUUCAUUCUGCAGACUGCUGAUCUGAAGAAUCUGAGCUGCAUAGAACAAAUCAACUGUAAAGAUGUGUUGAUCUGGCUCCAGAGCCCUGAAGACAACAGAUACAGAAAUGAUCCCCUAUUCUCCCUGAGGAACUGACCAAUCAGCAGUCAGGAUGAUGCCCAAGCAGCUGGCUCAGACGUCUCCUGGGAGUGUCUUGUCGCUAAGAGGGUCCAGCGUCCCAGGAUCCCCUGCUGCGGCCAUCGUGGCCAGAGUGGAGGACGGGGUUAUCGGCUAUAAGGACCUGGCAGCGUUACCUAGAGACAAAGCCAUCCUGGACAUAGAGAGACCAGACCUGAUGAUCUACCAAAGCCACUACAGCUACAGUCCUCUGGAGAGGUCCUUGUCUCCUCGCUCCUUCUCUCCUCCACCCUCCCCUGAGAAGGAGUCCAGGGAGUGGCUGGAGAACCGGUCUCCUGGAUGUUCCUCCCCUUGUUCCACCAUCCAGACCAGCAGUACACACAGCACACGAACACCACCAACACCAGACACGCCAAACACGCCUCACACCGUACACUCCUCUGUUGCCAAGGGCGCCCUGCAGCACUUCCACAGGCCAGAUAAUGGCUCCAACCUCUAUAAAAAGCCUCCAAUCUACAAACAAGAAGUGUGUGUGUCCUCUCAGCUCCCUCAGGGGAAACACAUUGAGGAUCUGAUCAUAGAGUCUUCAAAGUUUCCAGCAGCUCAGCCUCCGGACCCCAACCUGCCCUCCAAGAUAGAGACCGAGUACUGGCCCUGCCCCCCCUCCGUGGCUGUUAUUGAGAAAGAGUUGAGGAAGAAGGAUCAGGGGGAGGAAGCAGAGGAGGAGGAGGAGGAUGAUGAGGUGUGGGGACUGAGAGCGCUUCAGAAACAAGAACUCAACAAGAUUCAGUCAAACCUGGGAAAAAUCAUCCUGAAGGAGGAGCUGGACAAGUCUGCAACUCCUCUGAGGAGGAAAAGUCGCUCAUUACCCGAAAGCAGCAAAAACACUGGGUCCAGCGGCUCUAAGUCUGUGUAUUUCCCAGCAUCCUCUAAGAGCGGCCUGUCCAGGCUGCAGUCAGCAGAGUUCAGCUCCUCGGAGAAAGCUUCUGCAGAUCUUCAGAAUGGGGACUCCAGGAUGGACAGAGGAAAGUCCCUCCCCAGCAUGUUGGACCAUAAGAUUUGCCCCUAUGAGAUGCUGGUGGUGACCCACAGAGGGCGGAGCAAAAUGCCCCCCGGUGUUGACAGAACCAGGCUGGAGAGACACCUCUCUCAGGAGGAGUUCUUCAGUGUUUUCGGGAUGACCAUCGAGGAGUUCGACCACCUCUCUCUGUGGAAGAGGAACAACCUUAAGAAGAAAUUCUGUCUCUUCUGACGCCGCUGGGACCGCGUCUCCCACAAUGCCCCUGCUCUUCUGGAUCACUGCAGGAUCCUGGAACAACUCAGACUUAUUAUUAUCAGCACUGCUUCAACCACCACCACCAUCACCACCACCAUCACAGUCAGACCUGUCAGUUAGAUGUCAGGUUUGAUCACAGUGAAGGUUUGAAUGAAAACACAGUGGCUUUAGAUUCCUGCUGCACAAAUGAACUGUUUUAAAGCAGAGCUGCAGAUUCCUGUAUCAUAAGCUUCUAGAUGUCUGUGGAAAUGUGUUAAUAACAAAACUGCAGAGCGAGCACAGGUCAGGUUUAAAUGUGGAAGCACAGAGCAGGUUGUGAUGCUAGUUUUGGAAAGUUAUACCUAAACUGAGAGCAGAGCCAACACCAGUGGGUCUGACCUACAAAGGAAAAGCCCAGUCCCCUCCGCAUUCUUAAGCAGAUGUGGAACAAAAUGAAUUGAAUUUCAGAAAGCAAUCUGUAGAUUUGCUUCUGUAGGCAAAUUGAUUCCUUGCUAAUCUGUUAGCGCUGAACAAGAUGCAUCGUGAUUUGCAUUAACAAGAUCGAUUUUCUCAAGUAAGCUACGGAGCUUCCUUGCUAGCUAGCUAAUGAUAGCUUUGCGAGCUACUUUGCUAGCUAAUUACCGUUAGCUUUGCAAGCUAUUUUGUCUAUCUAACACCACUUGAUGUGUUAGUAACUAGCUUGUUAACAAAUUAGCUCAGCAGCUAGCAACUCUGCAAGAAUGUCUUCUAGGAGUAUACGUUAUUUAAAGCCCUUUAUCCUGAUAUAUAUCAUUUUAAAUAUUAAAAUAUCUACAUUUGUUAUGAUAUAUCUUUAAUCAGUAACAUCAAGAAAGGGUUAACAGAUACAAUAGUUAGACAGAAAUGUGUUUUAAGCUAAUCUGGCACAAAAAAAACGUGACAGGUAAAAAAAGAUCAAGAUGUUAAAGUAGCAGUAGACAAUCUUUCAAACGUUUCAUCCCUCCCCAACUUCUCUGAGUUGUGAUGCUGCCGCUGUCAGUCUGUCCUUCGCUUCAACCAGAACAACUAGUAAGCGAUAUCAUCUAGCGACUUCUGGAUCUAAUACUAGCAGCUUAUUUCCACAGUUUGUGACGUAACUGGAGUCUUAAAUUGGAGGAGAUGGUAGGCUACCGGGAGAUAGAAAUGCGAUGGGGAAACAAAAUCAAAUGGUCUCCUUAUUGCCUAUUGCUAUAGUGCUUACUAAUGUAUUUGGAAUAUUGCCAUGUCCUACUAACCUUUUUAUACAGCAAAAAUAUUUGACAUAAAACACAUUUAUAUAAUUAUAUUGUCCAACCCUAAUCUCACUCAACUUCAACAGUUUGUUUCAAAUGUUUGAAGACGUGGUAUUCUGGGAGUCUCUGGAUUAUGAAAGGAGACAGAGACAGAGGGGCUUCUUCUAUUCAAUCUGACAGAGAUCUUAAAUUCUAUCAGACAAGCAAAUAUUUUAUUAUCAAGCUUCUUGCUUCAGUCAGGCUUAAAAAUAAACAUUCCUAUAAACUCUGAUUCAGGUCUCAACACAGAUCUAUAUGAAUAGAGCUGUCAGUGAUAGUUCAAAAUUAUAUAUUUCUAUUGAUUUAGCCAUCUAUGAUGUCAUAAUGAUAGGAUUUUUUUUCCCAGCACCAACAAAUAAAAAUAGGAGACAUUUUGAUCACAGUCAGAUUUUUAAGCUACACAUCCUGAGGACAUUAACUUACCACUAAAUAUAUGUAUUUGACUGAUUUAUUGAUUUGUUCUAGGCAUAUUAUUUUUCUUCCUCUGAGCCCAGGCCAGACAUGAAAAGCUAGUUAUGUUUUCCUUGUGCUUUACCUUACAACUUCAAGAUGUUAUUAAAAUAAUAUGUCAUUAUGAACACACCUGAACACAGUCGCAAGAUGUUAGAAACACAAAGGAGCACAGGAAAUGUUACAUCAGACACAAACCUGAAAUUGAAUAAAAACAUGACCACAAUUUAAAGGUGGGGUAGGUAAGUUUGAGAAACCGGCUCGAGAUACACUUUUUGUUAUAUUCCAUGGAAUGCUCUUAACAUCCCGAUAGCAAUGAAUAUCUGAAGUGCUUUGACAAUAAAUACAUAAAAAAAUGUCAUCUGUGGAAGCCGUGGCGCUGUAAAAAGCUAGACCAAUUAUUUUUAAAGUAACUGGAUGGCCUACCUGCCUGUCAGCCUUCCAUCUGUGCACAAACUUAUCUCGUGCCCUCAUUGGUCAUGUGCGCGUUCGUGUGUGUUGGAGGAGGGGCUCUGUGAGGAAGUCUGAAGGAAGAGGCAGAUUUUUCCCGGUUGUGUAUUUUCAAAUUCUAGCGCACUCGAGCUGGUUUCUCCAAAAUUACCUACCCAACCUUCAAUUAAUAUUUCUAUUAUAAACUAAAUCUGCAAAUUUGAUAGUAACUAAUGCAAUAAAAUCAUGUAGUUGAGUUAAAAGUAUAGAGGAGCAUAAUGUGAAAAUACAGUGAAGUAAAGUACCUUACAUUUUAAGUAGGCUAUAGUACCUGAGUAAAUAUAUAUAUAUAUAUGUAGCCUAUACUUAGUUACCUUCCACAACUAAAAAACACAAACUACUGGGAUGUUCUGGUGUUCAUAUCCUUUGUCGUCCAUAUUAUUUUAAAGUGUCUAUCAGGGAUUCAAAAAUGGUCCAGACUUUUAAGAAAGGUUUUAUGACUAAACGUGAAUAUUUGAUAUGUAUAUCAGGGUGGAGCAGCAUUCCCUCUCAAAGUUCAGCUCCCAUUGGCUGUGAUCAAACUGUCUCCUGCUUGUCUUUUGUUCUUAGUACAGCAAAAGCCACUGCCCUGUUUUACCUCAGUACACGCACACAGAGAUAGAAAAACUCGCUUUUUGCAGUGUAGAGGAGCAACGAUAACCAGAGACUCAGAGCGCUGUGGCAGCAACUCUGUCUCUAUUCGGCUCUGGUUUGUCCAAUAAACAGGUUAUAGGCAUUAAGUGUUGCUUAGUGACCAAAUGAAGUGCAGCUAUUUUCUAGUAAUACAUAGAGAAGUGGCAUGUUUGUUAUUAAAAAUCUAAAUGAAAAUGUAAAAAAGUGAAUUAUAUCAACACAUGAAUGUUGAGAAAAGAAGAGAAGACGAAGGAAGGACCCAUUUGGGAAGGUUCCCAAACCAAAGGACAGAGGCAUGAUGGGAAAUAACUGAAGAACAUUUUUCUCCUCAACUUCAAAGUGAACUGAACAUCUUCAUUAUGUACACAUGGACACUUCUUAAGCAAACAUAGAUAUAUUUAGAAAGUAAUAUAUCCAUUAGCAUCAUAUCUGAUCUUCACAAACAUGGAUACCUUGUCUUCUUUAGCACAUUUGAAAAUGUCACAGCAACACAGCUGUUGAUUUAAAAUUGAAAUAUUGAUCUGAACAGACCAUUUUAAAGUUGGAAUGUAUUGCAUUUGAUCUUUUAGAAGAUGCAAUUACAAGAGAGAAGUUGGUACACUGACUGCAAACACAUGAGACGUUCCUUAAACUCCAUUACACCCUCCAUAUAUAAUCCCUAAUCAUUGCCAGUCUUUCAGUGUGGUAGAUCAGGUUUGUGUGAGACAUGUUGAAAAGAUGGUAGGCCAUGUUUUUAAGUUUCCAGCAAAAUUCUGCUUUCUUUGGUCACAUUUACAACAUCUGGAGUUGAUGCAUUGUGUUUUAAAAUGUAUACAUUACUGGCCAUCUUAAAUGAAAACUUUUAAUUAUAGCUACCUUUCUUAAAAACAUCUAUUGGUAGAGCUGGUGGGGAAGAAAAGUUGGAUGUUUCUCGUAAAUGUAUGACUUAGAUCUUGGACAUUCUGAUUGUUUUCUCCACAUAUAACCACACUAACAGCUCUCUAAGCCUAUUCUUUUAUAUGUUUACAAUAUCCAUACAGAUGAGAGCAGCAUUACGUCACUGCUUGGCAAAAUAACGGCCUCGUCUCCCAACAAAAUAUCCCGCCCCGGACACACAAGCACGCGGUUUGAUUGGCUAGAGCUUGUACUGGCAUAUGAUUUGAUUGGCUGACGCUUCCGUCGAAGCUUCAAAAGUUGAAUAUUGCUCAACUUUUGAAGCAAAGCGACGCUCCCACAAUGCAGUACGUCACCCCAUUCAAAGUGAAUGGGCAGAAGCUUCAACGCACGCCGCUGUGUGGACGGGCCGUCAGUCAUACGUGGAAAACACUUAAUCACAGCUUCAUUAUGACGCUAAUGAGGCUAACGCCAAUCGUCAAAGUAAACAUGUUAAAACUCAGAUAAUGUAUAUACUGCAUUGAAAUAUACAAAACAUUGACAAACCAAUGCAGUUUAAGUGUUAGCCUGCCCUUCGUCCAACGGCUGACUGACCGGACAUCUAUCCUCUAUCGAUUUAAAUUCAACUAUAUGCCAAUCAUCGACCUCCGAUGACAUUGUUUAGUUUUUCCCUGACUGACCAUCGUAAUUGGACUUUUUGAUGUCAUUAGUGAAAAACCGCAAAAUCUGUAUUUACCGCCAGCCAAUCGCAGCAAAUGUCGUCACCCAAAAGGGGGCGUGGCCUUGGCGUAGAGGGGAUGUGCCCAUUGGCUGUCAUCUAUUCAGUGUCGUAGUUCUCAGGUGUUUACAGUCAUGGUAUCGUCUCUGUAUUAAUGUGAGUUACUAAAGGAGAAACGAGACUCGCAGCACAUUUAAAAAAAAAUCAUAUUUCAGUAACUAAGACCUGUGUGAGGAUUACGGACUGUUCUUCACUCUCACUGCAAACGGCAGAAUCACCUCCACUAAAUCCCGCAUCACACCCCUCCACGUCUGCCUCGCACACUCUUCCUGUAUCUGUUGAAACAAAAAAAAUGGGAAAAAAAACUGGAUGAAGAUUUGUGAAAUGGAGUGAGCGAGCAUCGGUCAUUUUACGUUGAUUUAUUUUAUUACUUUUCUUUUUCGGGGAAUGACUGACACUGUUUGAUGACACUGAGGAUUUAUGCUUUGUUCUGAUUGGUUGUGUGUAGUUAGAAACAGGAAGCUGGUUUCUGUGACUAACACCAUGAUGACACAAAGAUUGUUUCAUGAUUAUUUUGGUUUUUGUUGUACAUUUCAAAUUGUUUUUCUUUUCUUUUCUUAUUUAAUUAGGCUGUUUUAACACGCAGGGCGACUUCAGUGGAGGCAUGCCACCAUCAACGUACCAGAUAUUCUAACUGCUGCAUGCAUCAUUUCAUGAUGAUGAUGUCAUUUUUAUUUUACCUUUAAUUAAAUAGAUUUAUAUAACAGCACUUGCAGGUAUACAGUAGCACCCUGGUUCAGGUUUUACUGUCUAAACUCUCUGAAGUUUAUGACUCUGAGGUCAAGCUGAGGUCAGAGGUCGUUGAUUGAAGCCGCCCUGCUGCUGUACAUAUAUAUAUAAUUAUUGUUGUUGUUGUUGUUGUUGUUUUCAUAUCAUGCAGGUGAUGUAACGGAUGAAUGGUGAUGUGAGUGAUUAACAUGAGUUACAAUAAAGACCAUUUCUAUUUGCUUGAGGACA